UCUCUGCGGUGGCACAAGUGUAUCUAGCUCGGGGAAGAUUUCAGUGAGUUAGGCAGCUUUUCUUCAGCUGGGUUUCUCCCUCCAGACUCCACGACGGAGGAGGAGAGUUUUACUCCACGCACUGUCGUCGUGGAUCCUCCGAACACGUCGUUUGAGAUGCUAACAACGAAGGAAGAUGUCCAGCAGCUGCUGGUGAAAGAAGAGCGCCGUGAGUGGAGCCCCACUCUGGACCAGGAAGAUCCAGAACCUCCACACAUUAAAGAGGAAGAGGAGGAGGAUGAUGUCACCAAGUUCCCUUUCAAUAUAGUUGUGGUGCAGGUAGAAGAAGAGGCCCAGUCCUCCAGCAGCUCAGCUCAACACAUGAAAACAGAAGCUGAUGGAGAAGACUCUGGGGAACCAGAACCGACCAGCUACCUGGGUCCCGAUCCACUUCUGCACUCUAGCCACCAGAGGUCACGCAUUUUUGAGUCUGACACAGAAGACAGUGAAGAGUGGAGGGAAGCCAACAACGUACAGUCGUGUUCCAACUCGUCAAGCGAGAAGAGAGGCGAUGAUAACAACCUGGUCUGCUCCGGAUGUGGUAAAUGCUGCUCCUCCAGGACCGGACUGAUCCUCCACAAGAAGUCCUGCACUGGAGAACAAUCAUUCUCCUGCUCCAUUUGUGGAAAGCGCUUCACUCAGAAAGGAUCUUUGAUGACACACAUGAGAAAUCACACAGGCGAGAAACCUUUCAGCUGCUCUGAGUGUGGAAAGUGCUUUAACCGCCGAGGAAAUCUGCAUUAUCACCUGAGAACUCACACAGGAGAAAAACCCUUCAGCUGUUCAGAGUGCGGUAAGGCUUUCACAGUGAGAGACACCCUGAAAAGACACAUUAGGACUCACACGGGGGAGAAACCCUACUGCUGCUCGGAGUGCGGAAAAUGCUUUGUGCAGAGGCAGCAUCUGCUUGGACACCUGAAAACCCACCUGGGUGAGAAACCUUUCAGCUGCUCUGAGUGUGGCAAAGCUUUCACGCAGAAAGGAUCCCUCAACAGUCACAUACGCACUCACUCAGGGGAGAAACCCUUCACCUGCUCAGAGUGCGGAAAGUGCUUCACACGGAGCGGAAACCUGCUCUAUCACAUGAGAAUCCACACUGGGGAGAAACCGUUUUGCUGCACAGAGUGCGGCAAGUCCUUCACACGCAAAGGCAAUCUGCUCCUGCACCUGAGGACUCACACUGGGGAGAAGCCGUUUAGUUGCUCCAUGUGCGCCAAGUCUUUCGCCGUGAGAGAAACUCUGAACCGACACAUUAGAACUCACACAGGAGAGAAACCCUUCUGGUGUUCGGAGUGCGGCAAGUGUUUUGUGCAGAGGCAGCAUCUGUUCGACCACAUGAGGACACACCUGGAAGAGAAACCAUACACUUGCUCCCAAUGUGGGAAGGGUUUCUAUCACAGCCGGACACUGGACCGACACCGCCGAAGUCACGAUGCAGAAGAAGAUGUUUCAGCUGUCGAGUAACUGCUGUGAUCCUCCUACCAAACUUUGUUCUGGAACUCCAGAUGAAACUGAGGUCAUGUCUUGUCAAAGCUCUGUUCGCAUUAAACCUCCAGAGUUUGUUUAGAUACACUGAAUCUGCUUUAAUUUAGUCACUUUUUUCACAUCUCUACACACACUGCUGUCAGUUCAGUCAAGAGUUUCAGCAGACCAGAACACACCAGGCAAGGUCAGAGGUCAUUUCUGGGGGUCAGUCUUCACCACUACCUGCAUGCUCUGUGUCGGACCGGGUCACACACCACUUUGGCAGGUCAACCAGGGAGGCCAAAAGUGGAGGUCAUGCAAGUCCUGAAUGAAAGGUCCUGUCUUAAGUGUUUAAUGUGACAGAGAGAAACCAAAGAUGCCGCCCCCCCCGUGUGAGGACUUGAGCGAGGAGAGGACUCUGAGGAGCAUGAUGAUGUCAGUCACACAGCCGUGUCUUUUAACACUGGAACUUGUUUUAAAUUACUGGUGUUUCACUCUGCUGGUUUAUGUUGGUCUGUCUUCAUCUGAUGAGGCUGUGAAGAACUUCUGUCACCUUAACAUAAACCUUUGCUGAUA